AGCCUUCAUAGAAGAGGAAAUGGAGACUGGUCAUUGGAGGGCUCUUCUUCCUUCUACUUCUGCUGAAGGGUAACUUCUGAUCUCAACUUCCUCAAACCUCUGAUGAGCUGCUGCUGCUCGACUCUCAGGUGCAUUGUUUUUUUGACGAGAGGCAUCUCUAGGUACCAUCCCUGACCUGGUCUUCAUGCUGCCGAGGCUGUUGCUGUUGCUGUUGAUCUGUGCUCCACUCUGUGAACCCGCCGAGCUGUUGUUGAUAGUCAGCCCCUCCCAUCCCACAGAGGGGAGCCCAGUGACCCUGACGUGUAAGAUGCCCUUUCUACAGAGUUCAGAUGCCCAGUUCCAGUUCUGCUUCUUCAGAGAUGCCCAGGCCUUGGGCCCGGGCUGGAGCAGCUCCCCCAAGCUCCAGAUCGCCAACAUGUGGAAAGAAGACUCAGGGUCCUACUGGUGCGAGGCACAGACAAUGGCAUCCAAAGUCUUGAGGAGCUGGAGAUCCCAGAUAAAUGUGCACAGGGUCCCUGUUGCUGAUGUGAGCUUGGAGACUCAGCCCCCAGGAGGACAGGUGAUGGAGGGAGACAGACUGGUCCUCAUCUGCUCAGUUGCUAUGGGGACAGGAGACAUCACCUUCCUUUGGUACAAAGGGGCUAUAGGUUUAAACCUUCAGACAAAGACCCAGCGUUCACUGACAGCAGAGUAUGAGAUUCCUACAGCAAGGGAGAGUGAUGCUGAGCAAUACUACUGUGUAGCUGAAAAUGGCUAUGGUCCCAGACCCAGUGGGCUGGUGAGCAUCACUGUCAGAAUCCCAGUGUCUCGUCCCAUCCUCAUGCUCAGGGCUCCCAGGGCCCAGGCUGUGGUGGGGGAUGUGCUGAAGCUUCACUGUGAGGCCCUGAGAGGCUCUCAUCCGAUCCUGUACUGGUUUUAUCAUGAGGAUGUCAUCUUGGGGAGCAGCUCAGCCCCCUCUGGAGGAGGAGCCUCUUUCAACCUUUCCCUGACUGCAGAACAUUCUGGAAACUACUCCUGUGAGGCCAACAAUGGCCUAGGGGCCCAGCGCAGUGAGGAGGUGACACUCAACUUCACAGUGCCUACUGGGGCCAGAAGCAAUCAUCUUACCUCAGGAGUCAUUGAGGGGCUCCUCGGCACCCUUGGUCCUGCCACUGUGGCCUUAUUAUUUUGCUACGGCCUCAAAAGAAAAAUAGGAAGACGUUCAACCAGGGAUCCACUCAGGAGCCUUCCCAGCCCUGUACCCCAAGAGUUCCCCUACCUCAACUCACCUACCCCAGGACAGCUACAGCCUACAUAUGAAAAUGUGAAUGUUGUAAGUGGGCACGAUGUUUAUUCGUUGGUGUACUAUAACCAGCCGGAGCAGGAAUCAGCAGCAGCAGAAACCCUGGGGACACAUACGGAGGACCAGGUUUCCUUAGACAUCUAUUCCAGGCUGAGGAAAGCAAACAUUACGGAUGUGGACUAUGAAGACGCUAUGUAAGGUUAUGGAGGAUUCUGCCCUUUGAAAGCCAUCCAUGACCCCAAGCCUCAGACCUGAUAUGUUCUUCAGAGAUCCUGGGGCAUUAGCUUUCCAGUAUACCUCUUCCGGAUGCUAUUCUCCGUGGCACUAUUCCUUCAUCUACUGAUCUACUGUGAAGUGAAGUUGGCGCAGCCCUAAAGAAACUACCUAGGAGAACCAUAGACACAGGAGUGACAGGAACUUUGUUAUCAGAACCAGAUUCCUGCUGGCUCUUUUGAGAAAGGUCAACUUGUGCUCUUCUAUUUACAAGAGAAAACAGGAUGGAAUAAAAUAAAUUAGGAUCUUGGGGUGGAGGGACAGUGAAGCUUAGAGCACAUGAACUCAAGGUUAGUGAUUCUGCAGGACUUCACCGAGAGAGCUGUGACCAUCAUCAUUCAGUCCAAGUGCUUUCUCUGCCCAGACAGCACAGAACUCCAGCCCUGCCACUUACAUGGGUCAUCGAGUUUCCUAAAAUAUGAUUCUAUUUAUUUUGAGUCACUGUUACCAAAUUAGAAUUAAAACAAAGUUACAUAAAAAGUUAUUGUGAUUACACUUAAUUUUAGUCACAUAUUCUGUAUAUAUAGGCCAACCUAUACCACAUCCAAAAUUAUGUAUCUACUACAGCCCCUAGAAGUUUUAUGAAUAUAGUGUGUCUUUUUUUAUUCACAAAAUUUUUGAAAUCUUGGUAAUAUGGUUUGAAGUCUGUAUCUUAUUUUUUCUUUUUUAAAUUUGAGACAGGGUCUCACUCUGUCACCCAAUUUGGAAUGCAGUGGCACAGUCUCGCCUCACUGCAACCUCUGCCUCUCAAGCUCAAGCAAACCUCUCACCUCAGCCUCCUAAGUGGCUGGGACUACAGGCACAUGCCACCAAAUCUGGCUGAUUUUCGUCUUAUGUACAGACCAGAUGUCACCAUUUUGCCCAGACUGGUCUCAAACUCCUGGGCUCAAGCAAUGUAUUUUAAUUUUAAAACAACCAGACACUCAUUCUUAUGAAUGAAUAAACAUUUGGAGGUAUAUAAAGUAAAAAGUUAAAGUCUUUCCUGUAAGUUAACACAAAUGUUUACUAUUGCUAAAACCUUUACAGGUAGCUCUCUAGAUAAUUUUCUAUUUUUGUGUACAUACUUAUACAUACAUGUAAGUAUAUAAACAUUUAGAAGUCUACCUAUCUAACAAACUAUCAUGAAAUAUUUUCAAAUAGAUCUAUUAUACUGUUUUAAAAGUCUCAAUAGUAGUGUGUUAUAUAGAUAAAUCAUAACUUUUUUCUUUUUUAUUGUAGUAAAGAUACAUAACAUAAAAUUGAUCAUUUUAACCAUGUUUAAGUGUACAGUUCAGUGGCAUUAAGUACUAUCAUAAUAUAUUUUAAUCCUUCUCACCACUGGUGGACAUUAAAGAGGUUCCAAAAAAAUUCAUAUUAUAAAAACAAAGUUCAAACAAAUGUCUUUGUACAAGCAUAUUAUGCACUCCUGCUGGACUAUCUGAAGGAUAAAUUUGUAAAUCUAGUAUUGCUAGAUUAUGCAUAUUAAAUAUUCUUGUUAAAUAGUCUUCAAUGUCUCUAAGGUAAGCCUGUGUCAAUUUAUAUCUCCACCGAUAACAUCUGGGAAAUCAGUUUGUGGGGUGUGUUCGUUAGUUCUCACAUUGCUAACAAAGACAUACCCAAGACUGGGCAACUUACAAAGGAAAGAGGUUUAAUUGACACACAGUUCCAAAUGGCUAGAGAGGCCUCCGGACACUUACAAUCAUGGCAGAAGAGGAAGCAAACACGUCCUUCUUCACAUGGCAGCAGGAGAGAGAAAGAGUCCUGUGUUCAGCCUUUGCCCAUUUUCUAUGUCAUUUGUGUUUUUCUUACAGUUUUUAUAGGAACUAUUUAUUAAGGUAUAAUUUAUAACAGUGAAAUACACAGAUUCUAUGUGCAUAGUUCCAUCAAUUUGACAAAUGUAUGCAUUCAAGUAAUCCAAACCCUUAUCAUGAUUUUCAUCACUCUAGAAAGUUCCCUCAUACUCAUGUCCAGUCUAUUUAUGCCACUCUGAAAACAACUACUGAACAUUAUGCUUUUGACCAUUUCUCUAUUGUACGUGAUGCCAAUGUUUUUGUACAAUCUUUCAGUUCACUUUUUGUUUACAGUGAAUUUUAAAAUAUGGAAGGUUAGUUUUUGCACAGCUGAAUUCAAUUUUUUAAAAUCUUGGCUUCUAAGUUUCCUAUAUUUCUGUCAUUUUCUAUCAGACCAUGUUGCCAUGUUAUAAAACAUUCUAAUAUUUUCUUACAAUGCCUCCAUAGUUUUAUUAUAUAUUCACUCAAUACAUUAUGUGUAUAUGUGGUAUGAGGUAAGAAUCUAACUUUUACUGUUUUUAUCUUUAUGUAUUUUUUUAAUUUAAAAUGAGGGGUAGGGAUUUAACUUUUUUUCAAACACAUAUAAAUUGUUCACUACUGUUUAUUUAAAUAGUCUGUUCUUUUCCCUUUUAUUAUUAUUCUAUUUUAUCUCACCUAAAUUCAACCUAAGCCUGUUUUGGACUCCAACUAAUACUACAGAUCUUCCUACCACUCUUCCCCUUGCAUAAUUCACUUCAAACACAUUAGCCUCAGGUUUCCUCAGGCACAUCAAAUUUAGUCCCAGCUCAGAACUCUGUACUUUCUAUUUCCAUGCUUUCAUGUUCUUUCUCUUGAUAUCCUUGCUUUCUUAUUUUCUUCAUUUACAUUUUCUGUUUUGAUUUUCUGUUUCUGGUCCAUGGACAUUUUCAUUUUCUUUUUAUAAAACUAACACAGCUUUUUUACAUUUUAUAUUUUGCCUGCCAGUGCCAUGUGCCUGGAGCUCAUGGAGGGCCUCAAAGGAUGAAAUUGGAGUAUCAUGUGAUCAGGAGUUUAAACUUGUUUGUAUUGUAUGAUCAUCCCUUCUUUACCUUAAUACUCACAUUAAACAUUAUCUAUGGCUUCUUACAUUCCACUUCUUCUUAAUCAAUUUCUUUCUUUAAGAACUUAAACUUUCCCAUCAUUUCUGAUAGGGUCUGUGAGUUUAUUUGUCCAAAAAGUCCAAAAGCAGAAUUUAAGAUCAAUAGCAUAGCUUUGUGCAUAACAGUUGUCAUAUUUUAUUCUAUGGUCUUCUAGCUUCUACUGCUUUCUUUGAGAAAUCUAUUUAAUUGUUGUUUCUUUAUAAUUAAUCUAUCUUUUCUCUCCAGUUGCCUUUAAGACUUUUAUAUUUGAUAUUAUGCAGUUUCACUAUGAUUUGUCUAAAUGUGGAUUUAUUUUGCUAGAGAUUAAUAACUCAAGUCGAAGGUAUCAUGCCUUUUUUCAAGUUUAGAAAAUAUUCAGUUAUUAUCUCUUUAUUAUUAUGCUGCUGCAGCAUUAUUUGAAUCCUUUCCCUCAGAAAUUUAUGUUAGAAAUUUCCUAGACUUCAUUCUAUUCUCAUGACUCUUAAUUAGUCUUGCCAAAUUUUCAUUUCAUUAUCACUCAUUGCAUUUUAGGUAAUUUCUUAAUCUCUAUCUUCCAGUUUGCUAGUUCUUUCUUCAACUGUUUGUCUAUUUUAUUGUUUAACCUAUUUAUUUUCUAUUUCAAUGAUUACAUUUUUUGAGAUUUUAUUAGCAAAAUGGUUGAAAGGAUGGUUUCAGAGGAUUGUCUGGAUUUACAUUUUGCCUCCAUUAUUUACUAGCUCUCCAGUUUUGGUUAAAUUAAUUAACCUUUUGUGCUUCUUGAUGUGUAAAAUUGAAAUAACAAUUGUAUAUAAAUAAAUAUAGUGUUGUUUUGGUAACUCAGUAAAAUUAUUUGUGUAAAAUGCUUAAGACAGUGCCUGAAAUGACAUUGAGUCCUCAAAAAAUAAAUUAUUAUUAGCAUUA